GACACAGCUCUCAAGAGGUGUGUGCUCGGUGCCCCCAGUAGGUGGGAGCUUCUCUGAGUCCCUAUGUCUGGACCACCAUGGCAUGUGCAGGGCCAGCCAGUGGGCGACAGCGGGUGAGCAUGCAGGAACACAUGGCCAUCGAUGUGAGCCCUGGCCCCAUUCGGCCCAUCCGCCUCAUUUCCAACUACUUCCCACAUUUCUACCCCUUCUUGGAGCCGGUGCUGCGUGCCCCAGAUCGGCAGGCAAUGCUGGCCCCAGCCAUCCCCUCUGCACCCCAGCUGCAGCCCAACCCUGAGCCCGAAGGAGACUCGGAUGACAGCACUGCCCUAGGCACCCUAGAAUUCACACUUCUCUUUGAUGAGGACAACAGCGCCCUGCACUGCACAGCCCAUCGUGCAAAGGGUCUCAAGCCACCAGCCGCCGGCUCUGUGGACACCUAUGUCAAAGCCAACUUACUACCAGGGGCCAGCAAGGCCAGCCAGCUUCGGACACGCACUGUUCGAGGCACCAGGGAACCUGUCUGGGAGGAGACUCUCACCUAUCAUGGCUUUACAUGCCAGGAUGCUGGACGGAAGACCCUGAGACUAUGUGUGUGUGAGGACUCACGGCUGCGGCGCCGGCGGCGAGGACCCCCCCUGGGGGAGCUACGAGUGCCCCUGAGGAAGCUGGUGCCAAACCGAGCCAGGAGCUUUGACAUCUGUCUAGAGAAGCGGAAGCUGACCAAGAGGCCCAAGAGCCUGGACACAGCUCGUGGCAUGUCUCUAUAUGAGGAGGAGGAGAUGGAGGCAGAGGUGUUUGGGGAGGAGCGUGGCCGCAUCCUACUGUCCCUGUGCUACAGUUCCGAGCGCGGUGGCCUGCUGGUGGGUGUGCUACGCUGUGUUCACCUUGCUCCCAUGGAUGCCAAUGGCUACUCAGACCCCUUUGUCCGCCUGUUCCUGCAUCCAAGUUCUGGGAAGAAAUCCAAAUAUAAGACCAGUGUUCGGAGGAAGACCCUGAACCCUGAGUUCAAUGAGGAAUUCUUUUAUGCAGGUCAUCGGGAGGAGCUAGCCCAGAAGGCACUGCUGGUGUCUGUGUGGGACUAUGACCUGGGCACAGCUGAUGAUUUCAUUGGUGGGGUGCAGCUGAGUGGCAGAGCCAGUGGGGAACGCCUGCGCCACUGGCGGGAGUGCUUAGGCCACUGUGACCACCGGCUGGAACUGUGGCACCUGCUGGACAGCGUGCCCCCCCAACUUGGUGACUAGUCAGCACAGCACAGGGCCCUGCUGUGCAACCAGCUCAGGAGCCAAGAUGUCUGCUGCAUCUGGAAAGAGGUCUGGGCUAUCACAUCUGCUAUGCAUUGUCUCCUUCCAGUCAUGUAACCCCCAAACACAAAGCAAAAUAAACACCUGCUUCUGCCA